AUGGCAGAUAAAAGAAUUAGGGUUAGUUGGAAGUCGGAAUUGGUUGACAAAACUUUUUUGGAAGCAUGUAUACAAGAAUUAACAAGCAAUGGACGGGAGGGUAGCGGACUAAAAGAAAGCUCAUGGGCUGUGGUCGCGGAGAAAUUGAAAACAGAUCAUAAUUUUAUUGUUGACAAAAAACAAAUGAAAAACCGAUAUGACUAUUUAAAAGCAAAGUAUGCAGUGUGGUUAAAACUUAAAAACAAAACAGGAAAUAUUUAUAAUCCCGUUACGAAUUCCUUUAACAUGACUAAUGAAGAAUGGGAAGCGGAAGCGAAGUUGAACAAGUAUGUAGAUAAGCUGAGAAAUGCACCCCUCCCUUGCCCUGAACUUUGUACCCAACUAUUUGAUGGGGCGACCUCGACCAGUGUUCACAGUUGGGGGCCAUCUUCGACAUUACCUCAUCCCAAUGAAACCUUCAGUACACAUGAUUUUGAGGAUACAGAGAUGGAUGAGCCAGCACCUCAUGCAGAUACCCCAAGCUCAACAGUACCUCAACCUACUAGUGAGGAAUCAUCUGGGCGGACAAAAAACAAGGGGGGAAAACGAAAUGGUCCUAAAGAAACCACACUUGAUGAUGAGUUGAAAGAAGUUGGAAAAGAGAUUAUCAAGGCUGCACAAGCAUUCACCGAAGCAAAUAAUCUUGACAAGGAGAUGGAUGCUUGUAUGGCGAAGUUGACAAGCUUGGAGUGGGGAGAAUAUGAUCCGAAAUCCACCACUGCUCUUAUGUUAUUUGCUGAAAGUUCUGGACAUAAUGAACGUUUUCAAGCCGUUAAAGAAAGAUUUCAUCACCCCACACAAACGAUUCAUCAAUGUUUUCAUGAGGUCUUACGUGCAAUGAUGUGUUUUUCACGAGAAAUUAUAGUACCAACCUCGUCUAAUUCAACAAGAAAUACCUCAGAACGACAUAGACGGCUAAUGCAGAUAUUUCCCGGAGCAAUAGGUGCACUAGAUGGAACACUUGUACAUGCAGUUGUGCCUGUUGAUCAACAAACUCGUUAUAGGGGAAGAGGAAAAGUUGAAUGUUAUCAAAAUGUAAUUGGAAUUUGUAAUUUUGAUAUGAUAUUCACCUUUGUAUGGGCUGGAUGCGAGGGCAUAGCACAUGAUUCUAAAGUUUUGAAAGAAGUUGCAUUUAACCCAACUUCCGGAUUUCCAUUCCCUCCACCAGAUAAAUAUUACCUUUGUGAUGCCGCAUACACCAACACCCGUGGAUUUAUGGCUCCCUACCGCAAUACUAGGUAUUGGUUAGCCGAUUUUCAAAGAAACAGAGCUUUGACUAAGGAAGAAAUGUUCAAUCAUGCUCACGCACAACUUAGAAAUUACAUUGAACGUGCUUAUGGUGUAUUGAAGGCGAGAUUUCCAAUUUUAAAACAAAUGGAUCCUUAUCCUUUUCCAGUGCAAAAAAACAUAGUCAUUUCUUGUGUUGCGGUCCAUAAUUUUAUAAGGAAAUACGAUAUUGAAGAUGAAUUAUUUACGAACUUUGAACAAAACACUAUGGUUAGUCAUAAUGUGGGUGGUGGAGGAAAUGAGGGUCAAAACAUAGAAGGCAUUGAAUGGGGUUCAGAAGCCGUUAACUAUAUGACUAAUUUGCGUGACCAGAUUGCUAAUUAG